AUGUCCGGCGAGAACUGGAUACAAGUGGCCAUGUCUGACGAUUCUCUGGUGGUCGAGGUGCUGCUUCGGCUCCGCCACUCGGAACCGCCGACGAAGAGCGACGCGUCUCCUCUCAAGCUCAAAUGGAGCGUUCGUCAGCGGAGAUCGAAGAAAGGAGACCAGACGCGAGCCAGCCCCACCACGCCGCUUUCCUGGAGCGGUGCCACGUCUCUCAGCGGUGGAGCCGGCUGCGGCGGAGGUGCUUCCACUGUCGAAGGCCUUGAGGAGUCCAGCGCCGCCGUCAAACACUCUGAGACCUUUAGAUCUAAGAUUUCUCAAACGAGUGCAAUAACAACAACAACUCUUUUCAAGAGGUCAAGAAAGAAAAAGACUUUGGCAGAGCUUAAAGAGGAGGAAGUCAUGCUCUUGAAGGAAAGAAAAUGCCUUAAAAAUGAUUUGGCAAGUAUGCGCGAUCUGGUCGAGCAACAAAGAACGAGAAACAAUGCUCUAAAAAAGAUGAAGGCUGAGUCACAAUCUGCCUUAUCCUGCAAACGCGCUUUCGAACAAGGUUCCUCCUUCUUGCUCCCUGACCUAAACAUGCCGCUAGAUACCGACCCGAGCCCUGAAGUUAUUUGCUGA